AUGUGCCAAGCGCCCUCCCUGGUGGUGUUCGACCUGGAUUAUACCUUGUGGCCGUUCUGGGUGGACACCCACGUGGAUCCCCCCUUCCAGAAAAAGAGCGAUGGUUCAGUACAAGACCGGAAUAAACGGCCUGUUAAUCUGUACCCCGAAGUUGCAGAAGUUCUCCAGCAGGUGCAGAGUAAAGGUAUCCCCAUGGCGGCUGCCUCUCGGACGGGAGAAAUCCGAGGAGCUACCCAGCUCUUGGAUCUUUUGGGCUUAAACCGCUACUUCCUCUACACAGAAAUCUACCCAGGCAGUAAAGUCACCCAUUUCCAGAGGUUGAGUCAACGGAGUGGAAUCCCGUUUCACCAGAUGCUCUUCUUCGAUGAUGAAAACCGCAAUAUUCGGGACGUCAGCGAAUUAGGUAUCCCUCAAAGACUGCAUGAUGGGAUUCCAAACCAGUGUUUCUCAACC